AUGACUGAAGGACACCAACAGCAGCCGCAGCAGAAGAAGAAGCUUAAGUCCUUCGGGAAAAAUCGGCGUGAGGUAAGAACGAAAGCUGCGUGCGAUGAAAACGGGAAUUGGUUAGGAAUGACCCACCAGGAUACACUGCGGCAGAUACCUUGCCCCGCGUUGGAUCGGUACUACCGUGACCUGCAAAGCAUCCUUACCCCGGCGGAGUGGGAUGCCGAGUUGUCUCUCUUCCGGCAGCCCCUCCCGACAACGGUUUGGAUAAACGACACAGACCCACUUGCCGGCGAGGUGCGGCGCUACUUUGAGUCGCUUCAUCGCUCGCUUGUUGAGCCCAUUUCGUGGUAUCCGCUUCCCGGCAUGGCUUGGCGGGUUCUGGCGGGCAAGACGGAGUUUCGUAAGCGGCCGGAGAUGCAAGCGCUGCGGCGGUUUAUGAUUCAACAAACAGCCUUAGGAACCAUUUCGCGGCAGGAGGAGGUUUCAAUGUUGCCGCCCUUUCUUCUGGACAUUCAGCCAACCGACAAGUGUCUUGACAUGUGCGCCUCGCCGGGGUCCAAGACGGCGCAAAUGCUUGUUGCGUUGGGAAGGCACAAGGUGGUACCGGCAGAUUCGAAUGCUUCGCCGUUUCCUUUUGACUAUGAGAGCGAAGGCCUUGUGGUGGCCAAUGACCUCGACACAAAGCGGGCUAACAUGUUGGUGCAUCAAGUGAAGCGGCUGCGCUUGCUUUUUCCCUUUGCCCUGUUUACUAAUCAUGAUGCACGGUAUUUCCCCAACGUGAAUUCUUCGACGCCGUCGGUGGGAAACGAAAAUGGGGAGCUGCGCUUCGAUAAGAUACUUUGCGACGUGGUUUGCUCAGGCGAUGGCACACUUCGAAAAGCGCCUUAUGUCUUUAAGAUUUGGUCUCCAAGGGAAGCCAUCACCCUUCAAAAGAUGCAAAUUCAAAUUGCCUUGCGCGCCUGUCAUCUGGGUCGCGUAGGUGGCCGUGUUGUGUACAGCACCUGCUCAAUGAAUCCUAUUGAAAAUGAGGCAGUGGUGGCACAAAUUGUGCACCGCACUCGAGGAGCCAUGAAACUCGUUGACGCGCGUUCGCUACUUCCAGGCCUGCAGUGUGCCCCAGGUCUGCAGCGUUGGGUUGUAACAAAUUGCAAUGGCGAGGUGGUUGAGGGGCCGUCGGAAGAAGCGCAUGAGGCCCUUUUUCCUCCAAAGACCCCGGGGGCGUACACCUCUGAUGAUGUGGAUGACUUGGAUCUCAGGCUGUGCAUGCGAUUGUAUCCCUCCCACUGCGGUGGCGGUGCCUUCUUUAUUGCGGUUUUGGAUAAGGUGAAGGAGUUUCGUCUAACGAAACGCGAGGAGUGCGAGGCAGCAGAGGGGAACGGCCAGAAGAGUCAUGAGAGCAGAAAAAGCGGCUCCGGUGGCGAUAGCGAUGGCAAGGGAAUACUUGCUGGAAAGAAGCGGGCAGGAAACGGGGAAGAGGAGGUGGGGGAGUCAGAAGGUGUCACUCGCAAAAAACGGGUUCCUCCCACCUACGUGACGGCGCCAUCGCCUAUAACUGAUGUAGUGGGCAACUUUUAUAAGGUGAAGGGUUUUCCUCUUCAGCAGCUAGUCGUGCGGACUGCGACAGGGCAGCGUGAGUUGAAGAUCUCCGACGGUUCGACCUGCUCCAUCGUCUCCUCCUCAGCGUUGGAUGUCCUGCGAAUGAAUACCAAUUCGCUGCUGGUGGUGUCGGCGGGUCUUCGCGUGUUCGCCCGUGAGAAUCUUGACAAGGGCUGGCGCAUUGCGAGCGAGUCUGCCACCCUUUUUGCCAAGGUGAUGCAACAGUCACCGCGACUACUGCGAGUUCCCGUGAGCUUUGUAGAGCAGCUUCUUUCCGGUGGAAAGUUGAAGGAUGUGCUUUUCACGGACAUCGAUGAUGCUGGUUUGCGGACGAGACUUGAAUCGAUGGAGGUUGGCACGGUUCUGUUGGAGAUUGAUUGCCCCUCUGCUGUGGGUGGUGUUUUUUACUCCGUUGCACUGCGGGCGCGCACACGUCUGCAGCUGCUGGUGGACCAUGAAGAUGUCGUGGGGCUGAGGUUGCGGCUGGGCAUCGCCGCUGAGCCAACAGUAGACGAGCCUGUGGCUGUGGUGUGA